UUAUCACAUACUAGGUACAACUUGCAUGAAAAUCUAUGAAAAGCCUGCAACUGAUAUUGCACAAAACAGUCUUGAUUAAUUUACCCAGGCCAUUGGUUUGUUUGUUUAUUUAUUUCUACAACUACCGUGUAACUAAACCAAUGAGCUGUGUCUAACAUCGUCUACGGCCCAGAGCAGCAAAAUGUCACGUUAUGUUGCCGGAUUAUACUCAAAGUGAGCAAUUUAAGACAAAACGCGGCAGAUGCGAUGACUUUUGACGUCAACACAAACACGAUCAGGCAGGAAGUGCGGAUAAGUAGUAGACACACUCAACAGGUAAGACAGGGAGGUGUAUGGCUACACCCUCGUAUCUCGUUGUAUGAGUCGGAAAUCGCUUUUAGUCGAAGAAUAUCGCUAAACAGAGAACAAUAAAUCCUCAGAGCACCAUAAUGAAGAAGCAGACAGAGACGUUGAACAGACCAGACAAUACAGCCUUUACUCAGCAGAGGCUUCCGGCAUGGCAGCCUAUGCUCUCGGCUGGUAUUGUCAUCCCUGGCUUCGUGGUAAUUGGCCUGGCCUUCAUCGGUAUUGGAGUCGCCCUGUUUGUUACCUCACAGAACAUCCAAGUACUGGAGAGGGACUAUACCGGCGUUGAACAAAACUCAGACAACGACUGCUCCCGGUGUUUGAAUCGAACGAAUUGUGUCUGUGCUGUCCAAUUUAACCUCGCAAAGCAGUUGGAGGGGCCUGUAUUCUUCUAUUAUGGCUUAUCAAAUUACUUCCAAAACCAUCGUAAAUAUGGAGUCUCCAGAGAUGACUACCAACUGUCAGGGGAUACAUAUUACUUUGAGAAUCCUGAGGACGAUUGUAUACCCUACCAGUACGACUCCAGGAACAGGCCGAUUGUGCCAUGUGGAUCAAAAGCCAACAGCCUGUUCAAUGACACAUUCAGGCUCUAUCGUCUUGUGGGAGGGCAGAAGAAGCAGGUCCCAUUUGAUGGGAAAGGCAUUGCAUGGUGGACCGAUUACAACCUGAAAUACAGAAACCCCACGUUAGUGGAUGGCUCUUUGGCAAAAGCUUUCAAUGGGACAGUGAAGCCUGUAAACUGGCCCAAACCAGUCUAUGAGCUGGACACCUCCGACUCGUCCAACAAUGGCUUCCUGAACCAGGACUUCCUGGUGUGGAUGAGGAGAGCAGCCCUGCCUGGUUUUAGAAAGCUGUAUCGGAGAAUAUCUGAGGGGGAAUAUGCUGAUGGGCUGCCUACUGGUAACUACUCACUGGAGAUUAACUACAAUUACCCUGUCCAUGGCUUUGAUGGCCGUAAGAAGGUGUUCUUCAGCAACGUUUCCUGGAUGGGUGGCAAGAACCAGUUCUUGGGCAUUGCCUACCUGGUGGUUGGUUCUCUGUGCAUCGUCAUGUCAUUGGUCAUGCUUAUUGUCUACGCCAAGUACAGAUUUCCUGAUGAGGAUUCCUAAUCAACUCCAUCAAAAAAUGUGUUGCCUGUGUUGAUGUGACAUUUGCGAGACCCCAGUGAACCCAGCUUGUGUGAAAUGAAGUGAGAUGCCAGUGGUGUUUCCCCCAGGUGAUGGUGUGCAGUAAGAUUUAGUCAUUGUCUAGCUUCUGUGGAAGUUUUAAUGGAGCAUUUCUUCCUUUUUGGUGGAUAAUCAGAUGUUUACAGAUUUAUUUUAUAAGCGCAUAUACCCUGCUAUAGUCUGUUGAUAUGUGUGUCUGUCAGUACAUUUAUAAAAUUAAUGACACUUUAAAAAUAUACUUCUUUUUUUUUUAUCCCAGCAGUACCUGUAACCAGCAUCUGAAAUAUUAAGACUAUGGGCAAUUGAAUGACCACUGGCUUGAAUGUUUAUGUUUUAACUGAUUUAUCAUGUUCUCUCAUUUUAAAUGCCAUCAAAAAAAGAAAGUAGCCAUGGAUUUUAUACUCAGCCUUACUCUUUAUGAAACAUUCUCAUUUGUUUUUCUCAGGACAGAAGACAUAAGGUGUAUCUAAUGUGACUGUUACUUUGUAAACAUGUAUCAUAUUGAUUGUACAUAUUUGGUUCUUUCUCAGGGUAUCAUGCUGGAACAAACAUUUGAGUGUUUGGGUGUAUGUUCUCAGAUUUGAAAUGCUAUGAAUAAAAUGUCAAACUUUUAAUACUU